UCCUUACUCCUUAUUUGCCAAAGACAUAUCAAAUCAAUAUCUCACCUCCCACUACAUUUCUCAUCGAUCCUUUUCCAUGGAAUAUGAGAAAGCUCCCCUAAAUAUUGAAAAGGAAGAUGUUUUGCUUGUAAAGCCAUCAAAAUCCACUUCUUCUUGUAUUCUUUCUCUAUCAACACUUGACAAUAAAGGUGCCAAUAAUAACAUUGCCCAAACUGUUCAUGUAUACCGAUCAUCAUCAAUUCAUGAUUAUGAUUCCAGUUUCAACCCUUGUCAUGUAUUCAAAGAAGCGUUGUCCAAGGCUUUGUUUUACUAUUAUCCUCUAGCAGGUAGACUAGUGAGACAUACUGAUGGAAAAUUUAGAGUCAAGAUCAAUACCGACAGUGUAGAAUUUGGCGUUCCGUUCUUGGAAGCAACUGCUAACUGCACACUUUCUUCUCUUCAUUACCUGGACAAUACUAACACAGAAAUUGCAAAACAUUUGGUGCUUGAUCUUCCUUCUCCUCAAGAUAAAAAUUACCCUUUGGUGUUAAUGGUGACGAAAUUUCUUUGUGGUGGUUUCACAAUUGGAAUGGGGAUGUCACAUGCUAUUUGUGACGGAUUUGGCGCAUCACAAUUCUUCAAAGCAAUUCUUGAACUUGCAAGAGGAAGAACCGAGCCAUCAGUGAAACCUGUGUGGGAAAGAGAAAACCAAGUUGGAACAAUAACUACACAACCAUUUCCACAAUGCCCCAUGGACAGAGAAUCUGUUGCAUUUUCACCCUUUGUGAAUCAACCUAAUACUAAAAUUAUUAAGCAAUAUUGUUUUAAAGUAGAGGGCGAAACGAUAACAAGACUUAAGUUGAGUUUGAUGAACGAAAAUAUAAGGUUCACAACUUUUGAAGUGCUUGCAGGUUAUGUGUGGAGGUCAAGAGCAAGAGCCUUAAAACUUAGCAGCAAUGACAAAACAAUGCUAAAUGUGUUAGUUGGUAUCAGACGAAACUUGAUGGAUUAUGAAACUUUACCUAAAGGGUAUUAUGGCAAUUCUACCAUAGAUGCAAAAGUUGUUUUAAAAGUGAGUGAACUCGAUGAAAUGCCACUCUAUAAAAUCGUUAAGCUGAUUAAAGAGACUAAAAAUAUUGCUUUCACUGCUGAUUAUGUAAGAAACUCAAUAAACUCUUUGGAGACAAAUCAAGAGGAUGGUUUAAGCAUGGAAUUGGAAGCUAGUGGUGCAGUAACGGUUCUAACAGAGUGGAAACAUUUGGGUUUUCAGGAAAAUUUAGAUUUUGGAGGUUAUGAAUUAGUGAAUUUUCUACCUGCACCAUGCAAGAUGCUUGCCACCGUCGAUGCAUGCAUUUUCUCAUCAGCUAAUAAACUUGAUGAUCAUGAUCCAUCAAUGGAUGGAGGAGUUAGGAUAUUUACUUCACUCCCCGUUGCUGCUAUGCCUAAGUUCAAGGACGAAAUUGAAGCUUUAAGGUUUCUUUAUAGAAAUUAAAGUGGAUUUGGAUAUGGUGGCUGGUGCAGCGGGCUGUUGAUUCGCUCAUGAUUGGGUUGUAAACUUGUAACCCCCGAUUGACUAUUUGUGUGUAAAAUCCGAUCGGAUCGUAACUUCAGACUGGUUAUUUUCAUCAAGGUGAGCAACUUUGAGGUGCUUAAAAGCAAUUGUCUUAACUGAAUGCAAGGAAGAUUCAAAGACUCAACAGAUCGAAUUCCAUUCUUUUUCAUUUCAUUUGUACCUUAUCCCUAAUUUCUAUUUUAUAGUAUUGUCAUGACUUGUCAUUAUUAAUUGUUUUGUUAAUUAUAUAUAUCCUCUCUGGAUUAUUGUACAACUGUGUUAUUUUUAUCAUGAAAUGUUAUAA